AAAAACCCAUCCUACCCUUUUGUCUUCUGCUGCAGGAGAGGCAAAGGCGACAAACGCCAUCCUCGCCCUACCCUUUCGUCCUCCCUCUCUCCUCCCUUUGUCCUUAGCAGGAAAAGAAACGAGAUAGACCGGACAUUGACCUUAGAUAGACUACAGACAGAGCGAGAGCGAGCAGACCCAGGGAUAAAGAGACACAAAGAGGAGAGUGAGAACGAGGAGGAGAGAUGGGAACGGGGUGGCGGAGAGCCUUCUGCACAUCGAUUCGUCGAGAUUCGGAUAUGGCAGUGGCGGAGAAGAGCCCUGACCCCAACCGCAGCCGCAGGAGCUGCGCCAAGUUGAGCUUCUUCUCCGGCAGCAGUGGCAGCAGCAAUCCGUCGACGCCAAGGUUGGGCAGCCUGCGGUGCCGCACCAAGUCGACGCCGUCGGAAAGCCCGAAGCUGCAAUGCAAGACCGCGACGGUAGCAAGCUCCCCCACGCCGCCACCGCGUACCAGCCCGAAGCGGAGCCCCACUCUGUUCCACCGGGGUUCCUCCAAGCCGUCUUCGCCCAGAUCCCGAUCCACGUUUGCCCUCUUAAAGGCAGCCGUUCAUCUUUCCCGGAUCAGGUGCGGGAUAUGUGAGCAGAGCGUGAAGGCGGGCGGGGGGACGGCGGUGUUCACGGCGGAAUGCUCCCACGUUUUUCACUUCCCCUGCAUCGCUGCCCACGUGCGGACUCAUGGCGGCGGCGGCGGCACCCUCGGCUGCCCCGUCUGCUCCGCCGCCUGGCGCCAGGCCCCCUUUCUCUCCUCCCUCCGUCACCUUCAAGACGACGAGCCUCAGCCUCCCGUGCUGGUAGGAGACAGGAAGCCGCUGCACUGCCGGAGGAUGAGCAGGGAAGACAAGCAAUGCGGAAGCGGAGCAGAGACCAGACCCGUCUCUGCUGCGGCUGCUGUCCAUAAGGUCUACGACGAUGACGAGCCGCCGCUGCUCCCCACCAAGCCCAGCCAAACCGGCGCUGGCGUCCGCUUCAAUCCCAUUCCAGAAGCGAACGAAGACGACGAAAGCGGCGGCAAUGAGGACGACGAGUUGGAGCCAGAGGGGGAGGAAAAGUUCCAUGAUUUCUCGGCGAAGGAUAAUAAUAACGGUAAUCGCUCCCUAUUCCCAUCUUAUAAGGUUAGCGUCGGCCCUAUGAGGGCCUGUGCCGGGGGAGUACAGGUGAGAAUGAUGCCGGAGGCGGCCCUGGUGUCGUCUGGGCGGAGACACCGGAACUACGUGGUGGCUCUCAAGGUGAAGGCCCCUGCGGUGGCGCCCCUGCUCAGCCGGUGCCGCCGCGCCCCGAUCGACCUGGUAACGGUUCUGGACGUGGGCGGGGGCAUGACGAGGGCCAAGAUCCAGAUGCUGAAGCGGGCUAUGCGCUUGGUCAUAUCGUCCUUGGGCCCCGCCGAUCGCCUCUCCGUAGUCGCCUUCUCGGCCGCCGCCGCCAAACGCCUCCUCCCCCUCCGUCGAAUGUCACGGUCCGGCCAGCGCUCCGCCUGGCAGAUUGUGGAACGCCUGGUUGCGUCCACCGGCGGCCAAGGUUCGUGCGUGGGCGAUGCCCUCCGAAAGGCCACCAAGGUAUUGGAAGACCGACGGGAGCGCAACCCGGUUGCCACCAUCAUGCUCCUGUCCGACGUCCAGCAGCAGCAGGAUGCCGAGAAAGACGGUCGCAACUACCGCCGGUAUCCUUCGACGGCGUCCGCGGCCACGACGCGGUUCGCCCACCUGGAGAUCCCCAUCCACGAGACCGGCUUUGGGAACGCGCCGCAGCAGCAACUGCCCAGUCAGAUCAGCAGCCAGGCGGCGCCGGUGGAGCACGCCUUCGCCAAGUGCGUGGGCGGACUGGUGAGCGUGGUCUUGCAGGACGUCCUCCUGCAGCUCUUCUUCCCGUCUGGGGAGGUCUCCGCCGUCUACUCCUGUGGCGGUGGGCGGGCGGUGGCCCUCGGCAGUUCCGUCCGGCUCGGCGACCUCUACGCGGAGGAGGAGCGGGAGCUGCUGGUGGAGCUCAGGGUGCCGACUGCGGCCGGACCAGACCACCACCAGCAUUCCCUGUCGGUGAAGUGCACGUACAGGGACCCGGCCACGCAGGAGGUGAUCGGCGGCGGGGAGAGGUCCCUGCUCCUGCCGCCGCUCCAGGGCCACCCACAGCUCGCCCGCUCUUCCUCCCUGAUCUCGCUGCGUCUCCGGAACCUGUUCGUCACCACGCGUGCUGUGGCCGAGUCACGGCGGCUGGCCGAGCUCUCGGACUACGCCACAGCCCUCCACCUGCUCUUUUCCGCCCGCUCCCUGCUGCUGCAGGCCCUGGCCGCCUCCGACCAGGAUCAGGACCUCAUCCGCCGGUUGGAGGCCGAGAUUUCUGAUCUCCAGCAGAGGCGAGAGGGCCAGCAGCAGCAGCCGCCUUCUCCGUGCCAGAGGAGGAGAGAAACUGCGAUUCCGGGCGGCGAGCAGCAGUUGACGCCCACUUCGGCUUGGCGGGCGGCCGAGCAGCUGGCCAAGGUGGCUAUCAUGCGGAAGUCGCUAAACCGGGUCAGUGAUCUGCACGGGUUCGAGAAUGCCCGGUUCUAGUGAAAAGACCGGACCCUGGCGAACGUGGGCGGUCGGCCAGGUCGGGGGACCAGAAUUUUUAAAAGCUUUAAAAUAUUAAAUAAUGAGAGUUGAAAUAGCUACCAUUCUCCUCGUUCGUUUUUUUUUUGUUUGUUUGUUUGAUCCUUAUAUAGAUAUAUAGCCAAUAGCAAGUCAUUCAAAAUCAAA